AUGGACAUCGAACAGCCAACUAAGCAGGAAUCGCCACAGCCAUUAGAUCCGGACCGUAUUGAAAUCUCCGAAACGAUUGGCGGUUCGCAGACCCGCAAAUAUUUAAAUAAACAUGUAACGCCGGCGUUACUUCGCGGAAUGCGACUCGUUGCCAAAAACCAGCCCGACGAUCCACUUCAGUUUCUCGGAGAAUAUCUCAUCCAACAAAGCCAGCAAACGCGUGAAGGUGCUGUGACGGACUCGGAGACUCUACCUGACGCUAAGUGA